CAGUUGCGGCGCUGUGUUCCCGUGAGCGGCGCUCCUGCCAGAACCGCGGAGGAGUUCGUGGGGGGAAAGCGAGCGUCGGGGACCGGUUCCGUCCGCUGCCGUCGCCCUCACCGAGAGGUUCCGCGGCGUGAACUGCUUCCUCCCUCCGACUUGGGGAUGGGCCCGCUCGCCCGGCCGCCGCCCCGCGUCGACGCGGUGCCGAGGAGGUGAAGGUACGCCGGGACCAUCUAUGACAACAGCCUACAACAACAAGGUGGACAUUUUUGAAUAUUCUCUAAAGGAGCCAAUAGGAUUUUCUUACAUCAUGACUUAAUGCAAGAACAAGAAAUAGGUUUUAUUUCUAAAUAUAAUGAAGGGCUGUGUGUAAACACCGACCCUGACUCACUUCUAAUGAACAUUUUAGACAUGAGUUUACAUCAGCAAAUGGGUUCGGAUAGAGAUCUUCAGUCUUCUGCUUCAUCUGUGAGCUUGCCUUCAGUCAAAAAGGCACCCAAGAAGAGAAGAAUUUCAAUAGGCUCCCUAUUUCGGAGGAAGAAGGACACCAAACGCAAAUCAAGGGAGCUAAAUGGCGGGGUGGACGGAAUUGCGAGUAUUGAGAGCAUACAUUCUGAAAUGUGUACUGAUAAGAACUCUGUUUUCUCUACAAAUACCUCUUCUGACAAUGGAUUCACUUCCAUCAGCAAGCAAAUUGGAGACUUUAUAGAGUGCCCUUUGUGCCUUCUGCGGCAUUCUAAAGACAGAUUUCCUGAUAUAAUGACUUGUCAUCAUAGAUCUUGUGUGGAUUGCCUGCGACAAUACCUAAGGAUUGAAAUCUCUGAAAGUAGAGUUAAUAUCAGUUGUCCAGAAUGCACUGAACGGUUUAAUCCCCAUGACAUUCGCUUGAUAUUAAGUGAUGAUGUCUUGAUGGAAAAAUACGAAGAAUUUAUGCUCAGGCGGUGGCUUGUUGCAGAUCCUGAUUGUAGAUGGUGCCCAGCUCCGGACUGUGGAUAUGCUGUGAUAGCAUUUGGAUGUGCCAGCUGUCCAAAAUUAACUUGUGGGCGAGAAGGCUGUGGAACAGAGUUUUGCUACCAUUGUAAACAGAUUUGGCAUCCAAACCAGACCUGUGAUGCUGCUCGACAAGAGAGAGCCCAGAGUUUGCGUCUGAGAACCAUACGCUCUUCAUCCAUUAGUUAUAGUCAAGAGUCUGGAGCUGCAGCUGAUGACAUAAAGCCAUGUCCACGAUGUGCUGCUUAUAUAAUAAAGAUGAAUGAUGGGAGUUGCAAUCACAUGACAUGUGCUGUCUGUGGUUGUGAAUUUUGUUGGCUGUGUAUGAAAGAAAUCUCUGAUUUACAUUAUCUAAGUCCAUCAGGUUGUACUUUCUGGGGGAAGAAACCCUGGAGCCGAAAGAAGAAAAUCUUGUGGCAGCUGGGAACCCUGGUUGGUGCUCCUGUAGGAAUUGCUUUAAUAGCGGGCAUUGCUAUUCCUGCCAUGAUUAUUGGUAUUCCUGUGUAUGUGGGCCGCAAGAUUCAUAAUCGAUAUGAAGGCAAGGAUGUUUCAAAGCAUAAAAGAAAUCUGGCCAUAGCAGGUGGCGUAACCUUGUCUGUAAUUGUGUCUCCUGUAGUGGCUGCAGUGACUGUAGGUAUCGGCGUUCCUAUUAUGUUAGCUUAUGUGUAUGGUGUUGUUCCAAUUUCUCUCUGCCGAAGUGGAGGUUGUGGAGUUUCAGCAGGCAAUGGAAAAGGAGUCAGAAUUGAAUUUGAUGAUGAAAAUGAUAUAAAUGUUGGUGGAACAAACACAGCUAUAGACACGACAUCAGUAGCAGAAGCAAGACACAACCCCAGCAUAGGAGAGGGAAGUGUCGGUGGCCUGACGGGCAGCUUGAGUGCAAGUGGAAGCCACAUGGAUCGAAUAGGAGCUAUCAGAGACAACCUGAGUGAAACGGCCAGCACUAUGGCACUCGCUGGAGCUAGUAUAACAGGAAGUCUGUCUGGAAGUGCCAUGGUAAACUGUUUUAACAGGUUGGAAGUCCAAGCAGACAUCCAGAAGGAACGGUACAGCCUAAGUGGCGAAUCUGGCACAGUCAGCCUGGGAACAGUGAGUGAUAAUGCCAGCACCAAAGCCAUGGCGGGGUCUAUCCUGAAUUCCUACAUCCCCUUGGACAAAGAAGGAAACAGCAUGGAAGUGCAAGUGGAUAUUGAGUCAAAGCCAUCUAAAUUCAGGCACAACAGUGGGAGCAGCAGUGUGGACGAUGGCAGCGCUUCUCGAAGCCAGCAUGGGGGUUCAUCCAGCGGCCUGCCUGAAGGUAAAUCGAGUGCCACCAAGUGGUCCAAAGAAGCAACAGUAGGGAAAAAAUCAAAAAGCGGCAAAUUGAGGAAAAAGGGCAACACGAAGAUAAAUGAGACCAGAGAGGACAUGGACGCGCAGUUGCUAGAGCAACAAAGCACGAACUCAAGUGAAUUCGAGGCUCCCUCCCUCAGCGACAGUAUGCCAUCUGUAGCGGAUUCCCACUCUAGUCAUUUUUCAGAAUUUAGCUGUUCUGACUUAGAAAGCAUGAAAACUUCUUGUAGUCAUGGUUCCAGUGAUUAUCAUGCCCGCUUUGCUACCGUUAACAUCCUCCCCGAGGUAGAAAAUGACCGUCUGGAAAAUUCAGCACAUCAGUGUAGCAUUUCUCUGCUUACCAAAACGGCGUCAUGUUCAGAAGUCCCUCAGGCACAUCGCACUGCUGAAGAACAUGGCGACGGCGGAGUAAAACCUAGUGUGGAUUUAUAUUUUGGUGAUGCACUGAAAGAAACAAAUAACAAUCACUCCCAUCAGCCAAUGGAACUAAAAGUUGCAAUUCAGACUGAAAUUUAGACCCACCUAUGCUGCAAAGUAAUAAGCACUGAAGAACUUGUGUGGAGCCGGCUGGACUCUUAGGUGACUGUUAAGUUUCAAGCCAGGUUUUGUAAUCAUAAUGCAUUUUUUGUGUUCAGCAAAGCAUUGUGUUUCAUGUGGAUCUUAAUUCCCCAACUAUGAAAUGAAGGCUUUAAAAGUGCAUUAUUAUGAGAAUAAUAAAUCUUAAGAACAAAGGAUGUUUUGUGUGCUUGUCACAAAGCAUUGCUUGGAGCACAUAACCUGUGUAUUUUAGAUAGAAAUGUGGCUUAAUUUAUAAUCAUAAAGUACUAAUGCUGCUCCACAGCAUUCUUAAUGGCGAAAAAUUGAGGCUUAGGAAUAAGUGGUUAGUGACAUUUUAUUGAAACCACUAAGCAGUGCUGUUUAAAAGAAGUUGACAGGUUACUUGGUAUAUGAUACUCUUUGUAACAUUUCUAUUUAUAACUGGGCUACAGUUUCAUUUUUUUCUUCAUAUGCAAUGUGGAUAUAUAAAGCUUAAUGCAGCCCAUUGGCAACCAUUUGGAUACUUAGACACUUUGAGAAAGACUGUGACUGGUUUUGCACCACUUUGGAAUAGAAAUACCUGGUACUCAGUAUAUCUUGUGUGUUGUUGAUGCCAUUUUAUAAGAAAAAUAAAAAGGUAACUACACGUAUUGACAGUAACAAAUAAUGACAUGUAAAACUGCAGAAUCAAAUCCCGUUAAGUUGUAAGUAUUUUACAGAGUCACCUUUUAGUAAGGGGAAAUUUGUACCCCAUUGAUUCUUGGUGCCUUUGGGAUAGACUGGGUUUUAAGGGUGUACUCAUUUAAGAAUUUUGCUGUACUUUCCAUCAAGUCCUCCCUAGCUAGUCAUCGGGGCUUAUGCUGAAAAAAAUACAGGAAAUAGAGAAACCUGCAUGUACUUGAUUACCAUGCUGAAGAAGUGUUUGCCUACCAAAGACACAUCCAGGCUUGAGUCCGUGUAACUUGACCUAGUCUCAGUUCUAACUGUAUCUUUUGAGCCAUGAAAUCAGAGCAGAACAGUGCUUGUACUAAGCUUGCACAAAUGAUCCACAGAUGGUUGGCUGAGUUUCCUUUUGAUUUUUUUUUUCUCUCAUGGAAGAUGCUCAACUGACAUGAGCAGAAGUUGGCCAAAAUACUGCCUGCACUGUUCCCUUGCUACAGCAUUCACUUAAAUAGAGCAGGCUGGCCUCCGUGAUCGCAGGUAAAAUGUUCCUUCUUACGUGUUUCUCUUUAAGUAUUACCAUUAUGGUGCUACCGAGCAUUUUCUUUUGAUGAAAAAGAAAAAUGUCAUGGGCUGCAGUCUCCUUCCAUCACUGUCCUCACCAAGUCCAUUAAUAUGCUUACAACACUAGUGCCAGUUAUUUUAUUUGAUAAUGCUUAUUAUGGUAUUUGUAUAUUUGUUUGCAUUCCAGUUUUGUUCAAUAAUGAGUGUGUAAACUGCAUACGUGAAAUAAAUGUAAGUACUAAUGUA